AUGGUGAUCAAUGAGCUUUGGUUAUUUGAUAAAGCAACGCCACUCAUUCACCCUUCAAUAUUCCCCAGCUCUCCUAUUGCCGUUUUGGAUCUCAACAAACAGUUUGCUAAUUUGACCGUGACGGAUAGUAAAUCCGAAGUUCCUACUUCGGCCCGACCAACUUCCAGUUCUUCGGUCAAAACCCCUAUAUUGCCUUCUUUGAGAAGGUCAGAGCAAUUUCAAUCCACAACAAGCAGAAUUACUGUCGCAAGUACGCCAGUGUCAAAAGUAAAAAUGAAGGUAAAUCGGAAAGGCCCCACUAUGAAACUUCCGGACAUAAGUUCCUCAAAAACACCAUUCUCCAACUUUUCGCGGUUUGUAGACCCCUCAGGAAAGCUUAAUUUUAGUGGCAAGGCUAUCUUACAUGCUGAAGGAGUGGAUUUCAGUAAUGGAAAUAGCUAUAAAAUUAAUAUGGACGAAUUUGAUUUAUUGGAAGAACUUGGGAAGGGUCAAUUUGGAACAGUGAAAAAAGUAUUCCAUAAACCAACAAACGUCACGAUGGCCAUGAAGGAAAUCCGCCUUGAACUCGAGGAAUCAAAACUUAACCAGAUAUUGAUGGAGCUGGAUAUCCUCCAUCAAUCUAGAAGCGAAUUUAUUGUUGAAUUCUAUGGUGCCUUCUUUAUCGAAUCUUGUGUAUAUUAUUGUAUGGAAUAUAUGGAUGCCGGAUCAUUAGACAAAUUAUACGGUGAUGGCGUACCGGAAGAUGUUCUCGCUGUAAUUACGGCCUCUAUGGUAAAAGGACUGAAGUUCUUAAAGGACAAGUUGAAUAUUAUUCAUCGUGAUGUGAAACCAACAAACGUGCUUGUCAAUAGGGCAGGCGAAGUGAAACUCUGUGAUUUUGGAGUUUCCGGUCAGCUAACACAAUCACUCGCAAAGACGAACGUUGGAUGUCAAAGUUAUAUGGCGCCAGAACGAAUAUUUGGCGACGCUAGCACUUACACUGUACAAGCUGAUGUCUGGUCACUCGGACUUGCCAUGGUCGAGCUCGCUAUUGGAAAAUAUCCUUAUCCUGUACCUGACAAAAACGAAAAUGUUGGAUUAUUUGCGCAGUUAACUGCCAUUGUUGCAGGAAAUCCACCUUCGUUGCCAGCUGAUAAGUUUUCCGAGGAAUGCCGUGACUUUGUGGCACAGUGCCUUAACAAGAAUCCUAAAGAUCGUCCAACGUAUGGUCAGCUUCUGGAACACUUAUUCUUAAAUAAGUAUGAAAAUGUAGAUAUGAAGUCAUGGGCGGAAACGGCGUACGCUUCACGGAAGGAUAUAUACAAGCAAUCAUAG